AUGUCUUCUACUAUCACUGAAAAUCCCGCUAUUGCCAUUGACGGCAUGAGUGACAAACGUCGAGAUUUGCCCACACAGAUUUUCCAUGCCGAUGAAGAGGCCUACGCAAAGGAACUGGAGCCUUUUGGUGGAAAAGAGGACAUGACGAAAGGUGGAGAUGUUUACUAUCCAAACCCUCCCAAAAUGGCUGUUGACAUCAUCGUGGGUGAUUUAACUGGCCGCGAACACAACUUUACCCUCGAGAAAAACGGAUUUUGUCUCGCGAAGCAGGAAACGAAGGUUAUUAUGACGACUGAGGAUCUUCAAGACGCCAGGAAGAUUAAAGAAGAGUAUUAUCCUGAGAUGCAAGCCUGGCUGAAGGAGCUAACCGGCGCGCCUAUCGUGAAAGUCAUGCAUCAUGGGUCUCGAGUGAGCACCAGCUUACAUGGUGCUAACAGCAUCAAAAAGGAAGAGGUGGGCCAGGUCACUCGGCCCGGUCCUGCUGUAUUCGGAGCACAUCUCGAUCAGUCGACCUGGCAGGGGUUCAACGUCAUCCACAAAUACUUUCCUGAUGAAUGCGAGGCAUUACUUCAUGGUCGAUAUCUGGUUGUUCGCGCCAACAGAUGGCUCACUGAAAUUCGAGAGUCAAUGGGCAUUCGACCAAAUCCGACUGUCCACAAAUGGUAUUACAAGUUCGCCCAAACGGCCAACGAAGUUUUGGUAUUCAAGCAGUUCGAUAACUUUGGCGACGCCAGGGCGUGCCCGCAUUCUGCAUUCAUUGAUCCUGAGUAUGAGGAUGCGGAGCCCAGAGAGAGCAUUGAAGUUAGGGCAAUCCUCCUCUGGCCCGAUGAGAAACCGACUAUUUUGGGUUGA